GAUAAAAUACCCUUCGAUAGUACAUUUAAUGCUGAUUUUUUAGACGUCGAUAAGUGUCUAGGAACAUAUCAUGUAGAUAACUUUGUGCCAGCAUCAUUUAGCUUGACUCAGAUUAUGCCUGGAUGGAAUGAAGAAGUCUUAAAACAAAGUCCUAACGAAUUCAAUACGCAAAUUAAAAAGGCUGACGAAGAUCUUGAAAAGCUUUUGACGUCAUCACUGCCUCAUAUAGAAAUACAUUCUGAAGCAAUCUAUUCCAGAAGACGAUUCACUCCUUUAAGUAUUACGAGUUCUUAUAAAAUAAUUAAUUGUCAAGAUAUUCAAAGAAAGGAGAAUGUAGAUUAUGUUGAAAAAGAUAAUCGAAAGACGUCGCCUCAUAUCAAGAUACAGCCUGAUGCAAUAUUUAAUAGAAGACAAUCUAUUCCUUUAACCAUGACUAGUCCUGAUAAAAAGAUUAAUCAUUUAGAUAAACAAGAAAAUGUUGAAAGUUCACUCGUUCUACAAGAUGUAAUUAAUAUUGAACAAGAUAAUGGAAAGAUAUCUACUCGCGUUGAAAUACAUUCCAAAACAGUAUUUAAUAAAAGUCGAUUGGUUUUUUUAAAAAUCGAAAAUUCUAGUGAAAAACGUAACCAAUUAGGUAAUAAUUAUUUCUUUAGUGAAAUUGUCAUAAAUGGUUAUUUUAAUAUUUUAACGCUAGUAAUAUCGUAA